AGGUAUGCCCGACCUCGACCAGCCAGAUGCUGAAUCGAACGUAGUUUCUAUCGACGUCGCCGCCAAGGAACGCCGAAGAGUGUCCCUAGAUGUGCCUCAAGAACGUGAGGAAGACGACGCACCGUCACAACCUUCAAAACCGCCAGCGACGCCCGACCAGCCUGGCCUUGACCAACCUGAUGCGUCCAGCGGCAUUCCUCAGGAGCUUCUUGCGUCCCUAGAGGGUACACAGCUUCAUUCUGAUGCCUUGCGCGAGGGCGCAGGAGCUGCAGCAGCCUCAGCUGCGCCGGCUGCGCCACGGGAACCACAGGAAGUACAGGCGGAAAAAGACCACGAAACAAGCAGCACGCUUCCAGACGCGGGGAGGACCAGCAAAGCGAGCAAAGUUUCACGGGUAACCCGAAGAAGCAAGAGAAAGACGGAGCUCCCUGCUGGAAUUUCGCCUCAGCAGACCACGGAUGUGCGGCCGCAGUCGCGGUCGCGGCGACUGUUUCUGAAGGAGCCGUUCAGGAACGCCAAACAAACCAUCAGGCACUUCUUCAGGUACGAACCCUUCAACGAGUACGAAAACAAAGUUCGCGUUGGCGAAUUCAAGUCUGGCAGGUUCGCGAGAAGAUUUGAUUUCCUCGGCGGUGCUCUGAAGCAUCCUCCCUGUGAUGAGCUUCCGCGAACCACCCUGGGUGGCGUCGUAACCUUGCUGUUUGUAGCCAUCAUCCUCACGCUUGUUAUAAGAGGAUUUGUGCAAGCGGCUACCAGUGAGAUGGAGACCGUGAACUUAGAGUAUGUCUCCAUCAAUAUGGAUUGCGUCAACGAGGACUUGAAUUCUUUGGAUCUGAACGCAUGUCAAUACGAAGUGGAGGCCGAAAUGGCCUCCCUGGCUGCUCCCUUUUAUUGGAUCUCCCAAAUGUUGGGAGAGGCUGCGACGCCAUCGUUGGAUGUGCCUGUCAUGGAGGUGAAAAUCAGCAGCAAGAUUCAAUUCUUUGAGCGCUCGCGCGAGACGAGCUUGCACAAGGUGGUGAUUACGGACAUGCUGGGCCUUUCUGAGUCAAGCGUGUCCAGCAACAGCGCCACCCCACCGACCCUUUCUGCGGUGGACAGCAUCCAAGCUGAGUUGGGAAGUUUCCAUGAGAGCAGUGCUGUGUUGGAGCCAAGCCUUUUAUCCAACAAGACCAUCAAGUCCUUUGAAGACAUGCAGGGAAGCACUGCCAGUCACAUGUUCGACGACACGAUGAUGUAUUGGUACCUCAAGCGCAAUAUUUUCCAGAGCCUCACUGACUUUUUUGAGCAUAAGGUGGCGCUGUUCUUGCGCUUCGACCGGGAUCAAUUGAGACAGCUGAAAACCUGCCAAUUUCAGGUGGGCCUCAUCAAUCAAGCCUUGUUCAACUUAGUGAAGGACAAUGUGAAGGAAGAUCGACGUCUCUUUGGAUCAUUCCCUUUCUUCAAGUCGAAUCCAUUUUGCUGGAAGCCAGACAACUGGAAUGAGCUCUCGCACAGGUUUGCCCCUCGCACGGACGAAAGUGUGACGGCCAACUUGGUCACUUUGGAGGCCAACUUGAAGUUGGGGGACUUGCUGGAGUUCUUAUUCAACACCGAGUGGACGGUCCCACAGGCGCAAAUCGGCAGCAGCUACAACUUGAAACUCAGGACUAAGCUGGAAGGAGAAUGUGAUGGCUAUGAGGAGAUCGUGUACCAAUCGGUGCAGCUUCGUGCCAUGGAAGCUCUGGUUCGAGAGUUGUUGGAAGCGAAUCCAGGUGUCUCAGAGGAGCAGAUCCGGCACUACCUGGCGUCGCGAUGCCGUGAAUAUGACACCAACUUUCGCUCACCUUUAACCACUGCAGAUCCUGCGGGUCACGGUGCCCUGCGAUUCGUGUCACGUUGCCACUGUGGCAAAUGCCAGCUGCAAAGCGACUUCAGUGACACCAAGGGCUUGAGACCCAUUAGAUGUUAUUGCUCCAACUGUCGACAUUUCCAUUCCACUUCCUUUGCCGCCUAUCUUCCCGCCACGGUGAACUGGACAGGAAUAAGCAGCAUCAAAGUGCAUCAGGAUUCCUGUGCUGUCGCUGGAGCGAUGGAAAGGUUUAUGUGUGGUAUCUGCUUCACAAAGCUUGGAGCUCGAAGGGUGGAAAGUGAUGGGAAGGUCAUGUCGUACCUCUGCUUGGGAUCUGUGGAGGAUGAAUCCAUCCCGGAUCACUUGGCUUUGGACUGGCAGAGCAGUUUCGAGGAAUGGCAUCCCCAGAGUCGGCCCGCCUGGUGGGACGCCAUGCCGACUGCGCGUCCGACGUUCGCGCGGCGCACGGAACGCAUCCGGGGGCACUGCGCCUGCAAG